UUACAAAACGUUGCGGAAACGACUUCGAAAAAAGAAUAAAUAGUAUAAUAAUAGAAAAAAGAAUAAACCGUUUCAUUCUCUAUGCAAGUUGCACAAACUUCUUGGUACGCGCAGGAUGAAAAAACGAAUCCUUACGCUGCGACGUGCAUUCACGAGAACACUCGCGUGACAAAGUUGAACGAAGCUGGCGGAAUGAUGCUGGUGGAAACGUUCAACGUUAUCCCCGCAGUCGUCGAUGACCCAUACGUGAUGGGCAAGAUCGCUUACGCCGUCACCCAUGGAGGUAUUCACUCGCUGGGUCUCGCCAGAUGCUCCAGCAGUAGGAUGAUCCUGGGCGUUUCCGACAUUAUGAAGGACGACGAGAGGAAGACGGUGGCGUCCAUGGCCAUACGCGGUUACGCAGACGCGGCAAAGAUGGACAUCAAGGAUUGUCAGGUCUUCCACAACCCGUGGUGCCUGUUCGGAGGAACCGCCACGGUGGUGUGCCACCCUUACGAGAUAGUCCAGCCCGUGGACGCAACCGUUGGUGACGUCAUAGUGCUCACCAAGCCACUGGGCACGACGGUGGCACUUACCAUAUCCGAGUGGAUGAAGCAGCCUGAAAAGAGGGGUAGAUUAAUGUUGACCAUCACCGAAGAGAGCGCCGAGAAAGCUCGCUCCCGAGCCAUCGACUGUAUGAUCAGGACUAAUCAAAUCGCCGCUAUGCUCAUGCGAAAGUAUAACGCGCACGCCGCCUGCGAGGUAGGAUCCUACGGUAUCCUGGGUCAUGCGAAUCUCCUGGCGCGACGACAGACGAGCGACGUCAAUUUUAUAAUCCACAACAUGCCGGUGAUCGCGCGGAUGAACGCGACGUCGAAGAUGACCGGGAACGCGUUGCCUCUCCUGCAGGGUGAGAUGCCCGAGGUGUCGGGAGGGCUGCUGGUCGUGUUACCCCGGGAACAAGCCGCCGCGUAUUGCAAGGCCCUGGAGAAGCUGGAGCGCAGACAAGCGUGGAUCGUCGGGAUCGUCGAGAGCGGCGAUCGCACCGCGCGAGUGAUCGAGAGACCGCGGGUGAUCGAGGUGCCUGCUAAGGAUAACGGUGUCUUCUUAUGGUAAACCGCCGAAGG